AUGGGUUUCAGCAGAGCAUCGUUGGGCUUUUUGGGCCUGUUCUUCAUGGCAGGCUCCAUUCUCCUCAUUUUCCUCACACUGCUCGGUGGUACUCGUAACACAACCCCGCUGAACCAAAUCUACUUCCUCCAGGCGGACACAAGCAAUAUUCCUGGUGCUCCAUCUCUUUCGCGCUGGACUUUCUGGAACGUGUGUGGCGUGAUUAAUGGCAAGAAUGACUGCGGUAGCUCUCACCCCGAUUACCCAUUUGAUCCACCAAGCUCUCGCAACUUUGGUACUACGUCCAAUGUGCCUUCGCAGUUCAUCGGGACCAAGCACUACUUCUUGACCUCUCGAUUCAUGUUCCCAUUCAUCAUUAUUGGCCUUUUCUUCGCCGUCCUUUCUCUCUUCACUGGCCUGUUGGCUAUGUGCACCCGCGUUGGCAGCUACAUCUCCGGUUUCCUCGCGUGGCUCGCUUUGACCUUCCAGGUCAUCACCACCUGUCUUAUGACUGCUGUUUUCGUCCAGGGUCGCGAUGCCUUUAAGAGCAACGGCCAGAGCUCCAAGCUGGGAGUGAAGGCUUUCGCUUUCAUGUGGACUGCUAGCGCAUGCUUGUUCCUCUCAUGUCUAUGCUACUGCCUUGGUGGUGCUGUCGGACGGAAAGACACUGGCUACAGCGGACGCAGGGAACGCCGCCGCGGAUUCUUCUCAGCUCGAUCCAACAGUGUCAAGAGCCAGAAGGAAACAACCACUACCGCUUAG